UCAUUAGCAGCGGAGCCGAGAUCCCCAUUCCUCUUGGCCACCCCUAAACCCUUGCUUCUCCCCCCAACGUUUCACCAAGACCAAGCAAGAUGCUCCGCCGCGCCGCCCCUACGACGGCCGCACUCUGCCGUCGCGCGCUCUCUGCCACGCCAUCCUCCUCCCGCACCGCCGCGGCAACCGCGGCGGCCUCCUCCUCUGCCGUGAACUCCAUCCUCCUCCGCUCGCUCAAGGAGCACUACCUCGAGGUCUGCAAGAUGACGCCACCGCCCAAGGUCAGCCCACCAGAGCCCUUCACCAUCGUCAAGGGCGCCCUGGACCAGCCGUCGGGACCCGUGCUGCGCCGCGAAUAUGGUGACGACGGCGAGGAGAUCUCCAUCUCCGUCGCCAGGCUCGCCAACAUCCUGCCCGCCGGCGCCGACUCUGACUCGGACGGUGCCGGCGAGGGCGGAGGGAUGAGCGCGUCCAUCAGCCAGCUCUUCCUCCAUGUUGAUAUCUCCAAGCCCGGGUCAGGAAAGUCGAUGCAGUUCCUUUGCGGGCUGUACCCGGACGCCCUUGGGAUCCAUUCGGUCUGCCUCCGGUCUAAGAACGCCGAGUCUUUGAACGGGGAUAUGACUUCGAAGGGCGGCGGAGAGUACCGAGGGCGUAUUUUCCAAGAGUUGGAUGAAAAGGUUCGUGAUGCACUCCAUCUUUACAUUGAAGCCCGUGGCAUAAAUGAGAAGCUCUUCCGUUUUCUCCAAGCUUGGCUUUAUGUAAAGGAUCACCGCAAUCUUAUACGCUGGUUCAAGAGUGUUGGUUCAGCCAUCAGUGAGCCAAAGCCAAAGUAAGGUGUCAGGAACCCCAUGCUGGAGAAUGAAGAUCAUCUGAAAGGCGGUUGUGGAGCAGUUUUCUCCAGGAUGGAGAAUAGAUCUAGGAUAAAGUGAAUUACGUGCAAAGUUGCGCCAGCGAGAGGAGUUUUUGUUUAUCUUUAGUUUUUAUUCGCUGGGGAAACUAGUGGUGUGCUGAACGUGUUGCUGUGGUGGUUGCAUUAGUUGUCAUUAGUCCUUGUGAUCUGCUACCCUAUCAUGUUGAGGUGGUUGUCAGAUUCUCAAUUAUUCAAACACCACACUUGUCCAGUGCAAUACAGCGAAUCGCAAGAAGCACGUGUAUAAUUGAGAGACCCUUUUUUUCAUACAAAGAUCGCCCUGUAUUGCCACUUUCAAAAUUCAAAUGAUGGGGUGGCAGCGAAAGUCAUGUGUCA